UUGAGGAAAGCAGUGUGCUAUCAAACGCAAACCAUACAUUGUUAUAAACAAGCAAAUCUUUUAUUUUUCGGAUAUAGAAACAAAUCCAGUCAAUAAUCGUAAAACAAUGGAAGGAGUGACAGAUGAACACAUAUCUAAACUAUCCCGAACAGAGCAACGCAAACUUAAAUUGGCAGAAUACCUGGCAGCAAAAGGCAGACUGAAACCCCCUAAUCCAAAGCCUUAUCUCAAAGACAAUCCUGUUAUCCUUAAAAACAGAGUACAGCGAACAGAGACUCAUCCAAAAGUUAAAACAGUAGGUGAUGAAAAGGAGAAUUGUGACACUAAUGGCGCCAAUAUCAAUCAAACAAAAACAGUCAAAUCUUUGGCAGAAGUACGUAGAAAGGCUGCCAAUUCCUCCACAAAAACAGAACUUUGCACUAAACCACUGCCUAGACCAACAUAUUCCACUAUUUUACGAAAUGCACCACUUCAAACCACAGUUUUAAAUAGACAGACCAACAGACCAGCAUUUCUUCAAAAUGCAAGAGAACUGAACAAGACUGAGAAACCGUCAUUGUCGCAGCCGCUCAAAACCCAUCAAUACAGCCUUCGAUAUGUCCGAAGCAAAGUCCAGCAAACGCAAGCACCUCCCCAUACUGAAAAUAACACUCAAAGGUCUACAAAAUCAAGUCUUGGUCCAUCACAGCCUGGAUGUGGCACCUCUGUCCACAGAAGAGCAGAUCAGAAUUGUAAUAAGACUGACCUCCAGUCAAAGAAGCCCCUGGUAAAAAAAUUUGCUUCAGUCAAAACAACUGCUAAUGUCAAUGUCAAAACGACCGAGAACCAACAGAAGAGUCGAAGACCAGUGACCAACACCGAGAGCAAAAUUCAGACAAACAAUGUUUGUAAACCUCCAACUAGGCUUGCAAACUCGACGCAACAGCCCAAAGUCCAGAGUGUUGUAUCAAAGCUUGGGAUUAACAGUAACAAUGCUCGGACCAUGAGCCGGUCUUCACAGCCAGUGAUGGAUAGAUCAAACAAAAAUCAGAGAAAGGAUCUUCCGUGUGUCCCAAAAAAAGUAGAUGCCACAAACAAAGCUGUCGUAAAAACAAGAGUUUCUUCAACUGUAUCUACAAAAAGUGACACUACAGCAAUCAUUAAAAAUAACCGUACUGCUGUUAAACCAACUGGUGUCAAUGCUUCUCGAAACACCAAGAGUUCAGUGCUGCCACAAACCACCACCUUCUCCCAAAAGCCCAAGAGGUCCAGCCAGGCAAACCCCACGGUCCAGUUACAGACUCCCAAAACCAGUUUCUGUCCAAGUACUCAAGGUGUCCGAACAGCUCCAGUAGAUGGAAAAGUGCAGCCGACUGCAGCUCAGGAGGAAAGACUGCGUAAACUCCAGGAAUGGCGUGAGUCAAGGGGGAUUACGUAUAAACGUCCCCCAAUGCCUGUCCGGCUGGUGAGGAGGAAGACUGUGUCAUCAUUUCCACAGCCCUACUGGACUGCUAUGGAGCAGGAAGAUGAGGUCCAUAGUAUUGUCUUUGCUGUGGAUCGAUCACUGGAUGACUGUAUUAAAUUAUUACAGCAGGGUUUCCAAGUGGAAAAGGUCAGAGAUGUGCUGUCUCGGAUACCGAUGGCACAGAAGUUUGCAAAGUACUGGAUCUGCCAGGCCAGACUAAUGGAAAGAGAAGGAAACAUGGAGGUCCUGCCCAUGUUUCAGGAGGCCGUUCGAGUAGUGAGAGAGCCAGUGGAUGAGCUGCGAUCUGUGGUUUUUGAGAUCCUUAAGAAGAACCAAGCUCAAGGUUCAUCUCCUGCUCCAAAUAUGUCGGAAACAUUAGAGCCAAGGGCGGAUGACGAGCAAGGAGUCCCUGGUGACAUCAUGUGCACUCCAAAACCUGUUGGUGCACUUAUACGUGCAAUGAAGGGAGACUCAUCUGUCGUCAAAUAUAAAAUUACUGCCACCCCAGGGGGCAAGAGGAGUCAGCAAAUGGCAGUGCAAGGACAUGUAGACGGUCACGAAAUUCGUUUCUUUACCCCCGUUCGGCGUUCUGCCCGGAUUGAGAAGGCUGCUCCACGCUACCCAACAGCUUUGCUGGAACACGAUCCUUGUGUAACCUCUUUCUCUGACCUUGUAGUUGAGGAAAAGAAUAAAGGUGACACUCCACCUCAAAACUCCCCCGUAUAUGUGUACCGAGAGAAUGAGGCUUUGAGGGACCACAUCCAAGUUCAACUUGUUUUUCCAGACGAGGUUGAAACAUAAUAUUAUCGUGCCUGACCGUAUGGAAUCAAUUAAUUUUAUAAAUUUUAAAUGAGUUGUUGUUUGUUGUAAAAUAUUUUUUGUGUUUGUUCUGGUGUGUGUGGCACGUCUAUUACCGAUGUUUAUAGCUAUCUUUUGGUAUAUUUUACACAAUUUCAGUAAUGCUGUUUAUCUUCUUUGGUAUAAUACAAUUCGACAUAUAGAUAAAACAGAAAUGAUUCCAGUCCUGUAUUUUGAGCUUUCAUUUGUUGUGUGUGUAUAUUGCCGCAUCUACCAAAAUAUUUCACUCAUCAUCAAGGUUUCAUGCAUAGCCAUCAUACUGCAAAGGAUUUGUGUACACAACAAAAAUAAAAUCAGUGCUACUUGGAUUCAUUUUAUUUUUAACUUUAUUGUGUGUAACGCAAGAAUAAGUCAGAGUUCAUGGGCUAAAUAGUUAGCAUAUUUAGGUUUUGUAAGUGCAGACAAUUUAUUGAAUAGAUUAGUAGUUUGUUAGGGAGUAAGUUUUGUAAAGGAGUUUUGCAAGAUGAUAUGAAGCAUAUGAGAUUUUGUUUUUAUGUUCUUGUUAAGUCUUAAAAGCUUCAGUCAUCGUUCGCAAUAAGUGUGAGGUCCAGAAUAAAGUCACUUGAGUUUUGAUAAGGUUUGGGUGAGUGAAUAAUGAAAGAAUAUUCAGUUUCCAGUUUCUUUAAUGUCUCACCUUAAGUUUUAAGGAAUGUGACCAAUAUAAAAUCCAACACAUUGUGAAUCUUAACCUUUAUCAUUGUUCUUCUCUUUUAGGUGGCUAACCAAACCUCAGUUUUAUUUGCAUAAUAUUCUGUACUCAUUUUUAUUCUUUACUUAAAAUGUUGGCUUUACAUGGCCUUAUCUCAUACAUACUUUCCCCUUAGCACAUGUACAAAAAAAUUUUCUUUUAGAUUUCGUAGUUCUUACUGUAAGUUUUUCUGUGCUUAAAAAUUAAUUACAAAGAUUUAUUUCUUGCAUGUGAGCAAUGAAACCGCUUACACUGUUUUACAUUUGACAAAAAUAAUCAAACCACAUGCAUAUUUUAAAGUAGCUCUAGCCAAAAUAAAUGAUGUCCCACAUUGCAAAAGAAUGUCCCUUUGUUAUUUGGAAUAUUACACAGCUUGUUAAAAUGUAUGAUUGUAUUCCUAACAAUUACUCAACACUAAUAACACGGGAACCUGGAUUCUGCUAAUCAUUUUACGGGAACAGU